AUGAAGCGGCUUGGCCACAAGAAGUCUCGCAAUGGUUGCCUACAAUGCAAGCAGAGGCGCUGCGAUGAAUCUCAGCCAUGCUGCGGUGCCUGCCGACGGCAUGAUUUGCCAUGCAGCCUGACUCUAAGCACCAACAACAUUGCCCUUCGCAAAGGCAAUUCAGGUCAACGACAAACCCACAAACAAAAACCAAGUAAGAAUCAUGGAAAUCAAGACGGUUCAGCCAGCUCCAGCGCUUCCUCCUUUGGGGCCGGCGACGUCCCAUCUCCCUGGCAGACGGCAUCAGGCAUGGGACAUCCACCUUCUGAAGAGAACAUCCCUUUCUUUCCAAGUUUCUUCCACAGAGUAUGGCAUGUCAGCUAUCCAACAAGCCAUACACAAGUGUCAGACCUCGAGCUGAUGCACCACUACACUGCCAAAGCCUACCUUUCCGUAAGCCGGACGCCCAUCGCGCACGAAACAUUACAACUAGCUGUACCGCGAGAAGCAUUCUCUUCCCCAUGCCUUUUGCAUCAGAUUCUUGCAUUCUCGGCUUUCCACCUGGCCUAUCUUAGACCGACCCACCGGCAUGCCUACUUACUUACCGCCUCUCAACGUCAGGGCCAAGCAAUCACGAUGCUCAGCUCAGCGCUGGGGGAGAGCCUUACACCUCAGAGCUGUCACAGCGCGUAUGCAAGCUCCAUGUUUCUCGUCAUCAGUGCCUUUGCCACAUUGCCCAGCUUUGAACUAUACAACCCCGCCUUCGCACCCGUCGACGCCCUCAUCGAUAUCUUUGCUCUGGUCGCCGGCAUGGUUGUGAUACUCCGUUGCUUCGAGAGGGAUCUCCGCGAGGGCCCUCUCAAUGGGCUUUUCGGCCAGCGAUCACCCCUUGCCACUAUCCAGAGCCAUCAUCAACCUCUCAUUGAACGACUCAGCUACAUCCGAGCUUGCUUGUCAGACGACAGUGUUUCAGCCAGCAGCGAAGACAAAUCUAUAACUAUCAGCGCAUCGAAUAUGCUUAUUGAGAGCAUAGUGACCUCUCAGCAGAGUAGCAGUGCCUUGGGGGCGCCAGCUGAGCUAAGAGCAGCAUUCCUGUGGCCCAUUCGACUGGGGAAUGAGUUCCUCGAUCUCUUGAGAAGCCGGCACCCUCCCUCCAUGGUUAUUGUUGCCCACUAUGCAGUUCUCCUGAGUUGCUGCGAAACUGAAUGCUGGUUUCUGCAGCGAUGGGCCUUUGCAUUGAUCACAUCCAUCGCCGAGUCGCUGAAGAACACAGGGUAUGAGGAGAUGAUCACUUGGUGUAUUGAUACUAUUCAUGAGCCCACAGAAAAGCUACAAUGA